CGAGUGCAGAGAGCGUAUGCAUAGCGGUUCAGUUGAGAGAGAGAGAAAGAGAGGACGCGUUGUUCUUCAAACUGUAAACGUCUUUCACCAGAUCAAAGAUGGAUUGUGGAAUCUUCACAUCUAAAACUGUGCUGCUGCUCAUCAGCCUUAUAUUUUGGGCUGCAGGAGCAGCAUUGGCCUUUGUGGGAGCAUCGGUCAUCAAAAGUGUUGAUAACUUUGAGAACUUCCUGGCUGACAAGUACACCCUCAUUCCUGCGGCUAUCAUCAUCUGUGUGGCUGUUGUGAUGUUUAUCAUUGGGAUUGUGGGAUGUUGUUCCACUUUAAGGGAGUCAAAGGUUGGGUUAAGCUUUUUCCUGAUCUUCAUACUGAUCAUCUUCGCAGCAGAAGUGGCCGCUUUAGUGUGUGGGUUCGUCUACAUGGGAAAGCUAAAUGGCAGCCUAGAGAAAUCAAUGACCGCUGUGUUCGAGAAAUAUGAUGGACAGACUCCAGAGACUCGGACCGUUGACCUUCUGCAGACUCAGCUUCAGUGCUGUGGUGUCAGAAACUACACCGACUGGACCAGCAUGCCCUGGUACGCCUCUCACAACAACACCGUGCCCCUGUCCUGCUGCAAGAACACCACCAGCACCUGUACCGGGCGCCCGGACCAGCCUGAUCUGCUCAAUACUCAGGGAUGUGAAACCCAACUGGAGAAGUUCCUCCAGGGCGUGUCCGGUUAUGCCCUGCUGGUCAUCUUGGGUUUUGCCAUCGUCAAGUUCUUUGGGAUUAUCAGUGUCUGUGUGAUCACGUGCCGGAGCCGCAGAAAUGACUAUGAGCAGUUCUACGCAUGAUCUCAACAUAGAAGCUUCUGAAGAUCCCAACCACGGAGGAGGAAAGACUCUCCUAUUAACACAUAUACACACACACACACGCACACACACACAUCACUUUACUGAAGAAACCUUUGGCCUUUGGGACGGUUUGUUGUUUUAUUGCACUGGGUUUUAAUAUCUUAUUAGCCUAUCAUAUGAUUUGAAAUGUUACUCAAUUGGAGGGAAAUAUAUACAUCAACUGACAACUCCAUAACGCUCCAUAGGUCUGAUAGCUACAUAGCAUUUUCAUGUUCCAAUGUUCACAGUUGGAUUCCGAAAAAUACUCUGCUACUUACACUGAGUUCCUGUAAAUAACUGAUGGACUUAUUAUUUACCUUAUUUAUCUAUCUGUCUGACCUUAGAAGGAAGUUGACUAGUUUUGUGCCAUGUAUCCAUGAACUUUAGAUUAGUGUUUGAGUUGUAGUUCACAAAAUGAGGACUGGUGUUGGUCACACACGUGUGUAUUUUGCCCAUGACUUGGUUUGGCGUAUCAGGACAUUUUUGGCCUUUAAUUGCUUCUCAGUUGGAAAUAGGGCCAAAUUAUGGGCCAAAUACACAUCCUUUACUUUAACCAUUUGGUUAGGAAACUUGGAUGACAUCGGGAAAAUGUUUGGUGUGGAGAGGGUCACGGGUUUAAACAGACUUUUUGUAAUGCCAGUCCUGCAUAUUUCAAAUAUGUUCAAUAUCUAACAUUACAGACACAGAUAUGGUUUCGUAGGCUUAUCACGUUGUACUUCCUUGUAGCCAGCCACCAGUUCUCAGAAAAUGUAUGCUGCAGUUUCAGAUAACUCCCGCAGUCAACGACUGGGACAGUUUUUGGAUACUUCCCAAAAAAAGUUGUGAAAUAGCAUGUUUCCCAUCCAUAGUGUCUUGUCCAGAAAGGUCCUUGAAAUCAAAAUGCAAAAAAAUAUAUUUUCAUAUUAAAGAGCUCCACACAUGACAGGUUGUGAUUAAUGUGUGUGGAUAUUUGAUUCUUCUUGCAAUAAUGAUUUUAAAAUGUACUUUAAUGUUAGAUUUUAAUACUGUCAGUCUGAACGUCACUGAAUUUAUUUUCUAAAUAAAAUCAACAUGUUUUAUGACCUUA